CUCGUGUAUAAAAAGUAAUGCUCCAUCGCCACUGGCUCCCAGUUGCGGACUAUAGCAGAUCGGGAAAUCAUAUAAAAUUGUGCGAUUAACAGAUUUUUCGUCGCGGUAUUGGAGAGAAAGUAUUAUUUAAUCGGAGCUCAACAGAAAUGGCUAAGAAAAUGUUCUGCAGUAUAUUAUUGAUGGCAACGACCCUCCUCAUACUAAGUGUCGACGCGAGACCCUCGAUGAUGGACAGUCCCAGCGUUGAUCCCAGCGAGUAUCACGGGAAUCUCUCCGAAGAGACCAUCCUGAAGGUGCAGCAGUGCGAAAAGGACACUGCCACGAUGGAGCUGUGUAUGCGAUGUGCCAAGGUCACCAAGUCCCAGAUCAUCUAUCCCAUGUGCUGCAGCAACGAUGACGGCAUCAAGGAUUGGUGCAAUGCCUAUGUCUUCUAUGGCGACCAGUAGGAGGAAGGGCUUUCCUGAGUGGAAGGCUCUGGGUGCAGGCGGCGAACCAAACCGUGUAAAUUGAAUUAUUUCGCACUCCUGUCGUUAUUGGCUGUGAUAACCUAUUGUAUUUAACUUAAAUUAUGUAUAUAUUUAGAAAAUAAACAAGACUAAAUUAUCUUACUUGAA